GUGGCCACCGCAUAAGUGAAGGAUGCUCUAAGUAGAUUCUGGGAGAAGAAGACAAAAACAUUAAUUUCACAAAGGUCGUAACCCCUUUCAGGAAAGCAAGCUGCAGCUGCAUCUAUUUGGCUAUGCAAACGAGGUAGCUUGGAAGAAAUAUGCAGGGAAACUAGUCGGCAGGCUAGAAAGAAUAAACCGUUAAGCAAGUCUCUAUAGGAAACGUGUCUGCGGCAUGCUUUGGUGGUAUCCAGGAUAUAUUGCAUUGUCAGUUCCACCUUCUCUGCUGUUUUGCAUUGAACAUCUAUUAUUUGUGUUUUGCAUUAAGGUUUGUUGCCCUGAUUUAUACAGAAGUGGAAAAUACUGUUAUAAGAAAAUGAAAAGAAUUCUACAGUCUGGACAUUCAUUCAGCAGGGGAAAGUUUGAGUUUCUUGAAAAGACAGCAGCUUCUUAAAAAGACGCGAAAGAAUUUCGACAUCCCUGUAGUGUAAUUGGGAAAACUGAAGGCGCUAUAUUAAAAUUACCAUUGGUGAAUGGUGGCUAUUGCCUUGCUAUACGAAGAAACGUGCAAACUAUUCAUAAAAUUAUUUGCAUUUGUAUGUGUCAUUCGCCACCGUUUGCGAGGACUGAUAAAAAUGUAUAACGGUAUUGGAACAAAAUCUUCAAAGGAAGGAUAAAACCGUGUGUGGGCCGUUUCUGUGGCUUCAGAUCUGGAAUAUAUAUACAGGGCUGCCAGAAAGCUAUAUGAAGUUUAUUCAGUUCUAUAAUAAACACAACCGCGUAAAAGGAUAUGAAUAUGCAUGUUUCCUUUUUAUUACCCAUGGAGGACAAAGGGAUGUGGUCCUUUUGGAUUAUUUAAUAUAACGUUUAUAUUGAUCAGUGCCAAUACAUUGUACUCGUGGAAUGCAUGUAGGAAUGGGAUUUUCUAAUUGAAGAAGCGUUUAGCUGUAUUAAAAUUUCAUCAGUGGAAUUUUUAAAAACUGGAUUUGGUGGUCAUUUUACUCAAUGCUGAUACAAAAGCAAACAUUACUGCCAACCAUAGUUAAUAUGAUGUAAGAAAACAAAGGCAACAUAUGUACAGAAAGACGGUAUUAAAGCCACGUACAUUUUUAUGUUAAACAUAUUUGGUAGAUGUGUGGGUUAUUUAAUUCGCAUUGUACACAUCCUUUACGCGUUUAAGUGGGAGCUGGAAAGAUAAACGUCGAAAAGCCACCAACCUGGCAGAAAUUUUAUUGCUGUUGGAUGAAAAUGUCAUGAAUUGUAUGACAUGGAAGGGAUGAUUCGUUUGGUCACUGGCUCUGACGUCGUCUGCUCCAGAACCUCUUGGUUAACCCGAGCCUACUGCGCCUUCUUACUGGGGUCGGUGCUGCUGGUUUCCGUGGCAACAAGCUCACCUGUAUCCGAUGAACAUCUUAUGGGAUAUAAUUAUUCAUCAUACUUGUUAGUUAAGAUUCAAGAGGAAACAUCUGUACCAACAGAUAUGCUGCACACUGCCUUAACAGCACACCCAACUGGAGCUCAAGCAAAAACAACAUUACCACAGCUAGAUGGUACUUUGGGAGUCCCAUCUAAAUUUGCAGAGGAAAACGUCAGUAAUACACAAAGGACAGGCACCACUCUAUUGAAUCUGUCACCUUCAGUGGAUUCUAGGCCAUUAACUUCCACAUCAUCCUCUGCUUCUUUAACUUCAGUUGGUCAUACCAAUCAACAGAGCAUGUCUGCGUUUACCAAAGGACUUACCGAAUCCCCAGUUCAGUCUGUGGGAUCACUUAAAAGUCCAGUGACAGCUUCAAGUGAACAACUUCAUACUGCUUCUUCUAGUAUUCCCAGUCAUCCAUUUUUAGAAAUGGUUGGAGAUCCAGCUAUGUUAAGAACAAGUCUUCCAUUACACCCUUUCUCAGAUUAUUAUUCCAGCACUGGAGAAGCUCCAAGCAAAACACCAGGUUUAAGUGAUACAAUAAUAGGUACUAAUAUACCUUAUGAAGGACCAAGUAGCUUAAAACCACUGAUGCUGUUUGCAAGUUUUGUGCCUUUCCUCAGACCUUACACUAUUUUAGUAACUGAAGAGCUGACUCUAGUUCCAACAAAAGAAUUAUAUUCAGCUGAGUCGAUAGAGACUGAUUUUGGAUCCGGGGAUUAUCUAGAGACAAUGACAUUAAUACGCUCAGAGGUGGAUGAACUCUCACCUUUUACCAGUUUACCUGUUGACAUGUAUGGUGUGGAGGAAUCCAGCACGGAGGUCUAUGACACAUCGUUCCCUUUAAGGCCUGUUCUGUCGCUGUCUUCGAUGUAUAUUGCAACUGCGGAGUCAGCUUUGGAUUUUUCAAGCAGUUAUGAUGCGGGCUUUAGAACCAUUGAUCCUACGUCUGUUUAUUCCUCCCACAGCCACACUUCACUGGACUUAAUAGGCCCUCCAGAAUAUGACAUCUCUGAUAACGAUUCCUUAUCAGACUGGAAUGACGAACCCUUCCCUAUAGAACCGACUGAACUUCUCCUACCUGACAUGAAUAGUUUGGAGUAUUAUUCUACUUUACUGGCCAUAGAAAACGCAAGUUUAUCAAAACAAAAAAACAAUCGUAAUUCCACAGAGCACACAGGCCACGUAUCAUCAGCAUCGGUAAAGGUACCUGGUGUCGUACCCACAGGAUUAUUAGUAACAGACACUAGUCAUCUGUUUACGUCAUUUACCGUUGAAUCAAGUGAUCUGUCUUCUUUGCCUUCCCUUGAAUCAAGCACAUCGUUUUCAAUAGCAGUUUCAUCUUUUGAACCAAGUAGCAGCACUUCAUUUAUAAACUCCACAUUAGACCCAUUCAGUCCUCUAAUGUCGGAGACUUCAAGCCUUAACGUAUCAGAAUUUGUUAACAUGGAGACUUCAGGCUAUGAUUCAUCCAUGAUUUCUCCACCACAGACCUCUAUCUUUGACACAACACCCACAUCCUCUUUGGUGGAGCCUUUGGUGGUGCAGACCCAUGCAGGCGACUUACCAGCUUCUCUUUGGGACAGCUGGGUGGAAUCUACUGCAGCAAUGGAUCAUUUUGCGUCUUCCAACAAAACAGCUGUUCCUCCUGCAGCGCUGCCAACUUCAGAAGUGGAGACCACACCCAGUACAAGCAGUGCUUUCAAAGAAGAGCCCAUUUUGACUUCAUCGUUUUUCUCAGUUCAGCCCACCACACGGCUGCCAGAUAUCUUUAUUAGUUCCAUUUCGGAUGAUGUCACCCCCUUCCACACUGCCCAGUGGUUUGCCCCAUCCUCAGUUGGAAUCCCUAUGAGCAGCCUUUCUGAGAUAUCCGUGUCGGCCACGUCUGUGCACAUUUCUCCUUCUCCCACUGAGCUUACCUCUGUUAUACCUGCCCCGUCUCCCCCACCUGUGACACCCACGACAAAUCACAGCACUAACAUUGAAACUAAUCCAACAGAAAACAUUGUGACUUCAGUAACUGAUUCUACUAUAGUAACCACCAGAAACACAGAAUCUGCUGCAGCUACAGCAGCCAUUUUCACCACAACCACAGUUACUAUUUCAAACUCUACACCCAUCGCUGAUACCACCCCCACAGUGGAAACAACAACAACAACAACAGCCCUGCCUUACCUUUGUGACAUCACCACGUCAGACUUGUAUCUAGUCAGAUUACGUCUUGCCAAAGGAGCACAGCUGGAGAACACAAAAGCAUAUAUGAAAGAGGCUCUGAGUGUUCAAUUCAACCGCUCAGUUAAACUGCAGGUGCUGAAUUAUCCCCCAAAUCUCACCAUUCUGGUUACCUCAGGUCCUAUUGUCUACACAGCAAUAGCUGUCAUCAAUGCCUUGCAUCCAUCUAUAAGGGAUACCUCUCCCAUUGCCUCUCUUAAUGCAUUAUCUGCAGCACCUGACCACCAGUUCCAGGUUCACACAGUACUUCAGUUUGUCCCUAACCACGUUGACGUGAGGUUUUGUAACUUCAGCGAACGCAUUGAGCAAGGAUUGACAAUGGCAUUCUCAGAAGUACGAAGAAGAUACCGGGAAACGACCAGGUUCACUGUGCACGUUUUAAACAUAACCACAGAUGUGUCUGAUGCGGGGAGACUGCUGAGGAGUCCUGUGGAUAUUACCUUUGCCAUUCAAGAUUCAUUUGGAUUCCUGAGUGGCUCAGACGUGAGCAACCUCAUGAGGAUUUUAAACACUGUGGAGUUCAGCUUCUAUCUGGGCUUUCCAGUGCUACAGAUAGCUGAACCUUUUCACUAUCCAGAGCUCAAUGUGACCCACCUACUGAGGUCAUCGUGGGUGAAAACAGUUGUUCUAGGUGUCUAUGAGCAGGGACCAAAUGACAAGAAGUUUCAGGCUGAGAUGGAGCGCAAGUUAGCCCAGCUGCUGGCAGAGGUCCUGGGUCCAAGCAGGCGAUGGAGGAGAGCCACCAACGUGGGAAACAACAGCGUGCAGAUUGUAAAAAUGUCAAGGAUUGAAGGCAGUGACAACCCGUUGGAGUUGAUCUACUUUGUGGAGGGUCAGAAUGGAGAGAGGCUAAAUGCUGUCAGUGCUUCCAGCCUUAUAAACCGGAUUGACCUCCAGAGAGCUGCCAUCGUCCUGGGCUAUCGCGUACAAGGCACACUGGCCCAGCCAGCUGUGGAGAAGAUUAGUGCUCCUCCGUCUGAGACCCAGAACAACAACCUGUGGAUCAUCGUGGGGGUGGUGGUGCCGGUGAUAGUGGUCGCCAUUAUAAUCAUGAUUCUCUACUGGAAGCUCUGCAGGACUGACAAGCUGGAUUUCCAGCCAGACACCAUGAGCAACGUCCAGCAGAGACAGAAGCUGCAAGCCCCCAGUGUGAAAGGGUUUGAUUUCGCUAAGCUGCACCUCGGGCAGCAUAAUAAAGAUGACAUCCUGGUCAUCCAGGAGCCAGCUCCACCACCGAUGCCGGUAAAGGAAAUGACUCUGUCAGAGAAGGGCGACGUCCCCAGCCCCACAUCCAAGACCUCUUCAAAACCCUGCAGAGGAGACCGGCGACGAGGCAGAAUUUCCCCGUCUGAUGCUGAGUCUACAGUAAGUGAGCCGUCCAGCGGGAGAGAAUCAGCUGAAGAGUCCAUGAGGGCCUCUGUGACCAAGAGUGAGGCCAAACAACAGCGCAAAGUAGCCAAGAAUGGACCACCACAAAGCAAUGGCACAGAAGAACAGCUGUCCUCUGCUUCUAUUUUCGAUCAUGUGGACAGGAUUUCACGGUCUUCAGAAGCCAGCAAGCGCCUUCCCAACAAGAUUCAGCUGAUCGCCAUGCAGCCCAUGCCAGCACCCCCAAUACACAACCCAGUCGUCACGGAAACCUCCAAAAUAAAUAAAGAGAUUCAGUCGGCACUUAGGCAUAAGUCAGAGAUUGAACACCAUCGCAAUAAGAUCCGACUGAGAGCCAAGAGAAAAGGGCACUAUGACUUUCCAGUCAUGGAUGACAUCGGAGUCACCGACACAAAGGAGAACAAGCGGAUCUACGAAAAAGCACAGCUGCAGAUUGACAAGAUCCUGAACCCAGACAUCCACGUCCCCUCUGUGUUUCUAGAAUCUAGGAAGAGUUCAAGAGGAAAACGUUCUCCAAAACAGAGAAGGAAGAACCAAGUAAACGGCAACCUGCUUGAGGCAGACAAGGACAGACUGCUAACCACAGACAGUGACGGGACCUACAGGAGGCCCCCAGGAGUCAACAACGUGGCUUAUGUUUCAGACCCUGACCAGCCUCAGGAGCAGUGCAGCCCCUCCCCUCAGGAGAAUGAGGUAUUCUUUACCUCCCCCACACACAGCCCCAUCCCUCCAACCCCCUCGUACCUGCCCCCACAGCCUUCCAUUGAGGAGGCCCGGCAACAGAUGCAUUCCCUCCUGGAUGACGCCUUUGCCCUGGUGGCACCAAAUAGCCACGGAAGCAACGCUGGGAUCAAGCUGCCUGGGGUCACAGUCGCCCAGCCCGACACCAGCCCGCCAGCGAGAACCAACAGGGGCACCGGCACUGGCCAGUGGGGCUCACUUAACACACCUUGCCAGGGGCCCAACCCUUUCUCAGCACGUUAUGCAGAGUUGGGAAUGUCUCCUCCAUCAGGACUAUUACAAAGCAGGCAAGGCCUUGGUUCAGGAUAUCUGCAGUCAGGAGAUCCAGGCCAGCAGGAGAGCUUGUAUUCCAGCAGAGGGCUCUAUGGCGAAGACAUUCCUUCGUCCGCACGGCCUCGACCAGUAGGGGGCACUACAGGUGCACAGCUCCACCACCUGACACAGGUGGGACUGUCCAGUCGGAUGAGCUCCCACCCAGGACAGGUUCUGCCAGAGAGGGCAGCUCCAAACCAGCCAGAGGCCUCUGGGUGGGCUCCCUAUCGGACAGACGAAGAAUUCACAAGAAUGGGUCAGCACAGGGACCCUGCACAGAUGCUUGGGUUCCCUGACUACUCCUCGUCCUCAAUGUUCCAGAUGCCCAGGACUGCGCUAAGGGAACUGGCUCCAGCGGCCCACCUCCAGCACAGUGUUCUAGAACCCGUGGGGACCGGCUUCCCCUCAGAAGCUGCCGACGAACCCCCGCCAGGUCACUCCUCAGCCUCCCUCAUCAAAGCAAUCCGAGAGGAGCUCAUGCGGCUUUCACAGAAACAGUCCGCGGUGCAGAGCUUCCACAGCUGAGCUGCCUCCUGUACACAACCACUCCCUCCUCCCCAACAAGGAAAUGCUUCCCAUGGAAGUUCCCAGUCGCAGAACCGGACAUACAUGAAGCUAUCUUUAUAGCAGUACUGGAACCAAAGUACAGUGCAAAACCAGGCAAUACCUAGAUUACAGGUACAUGAUGCCCACCCAUCACUCUGAUAAAUAGGGGUUGUUUUUCUGUAAGUCUGCAGUAGUUGCUCUUCAGCUGCUCACCCAACAAGGUGAUGAGUUCUGCUCCCAGUUUCUGUAGCUGACAACCACAGUGCCAGCUCACAGUCUUUUGAGUCUCGUUUCAUAGUGUGGUGGAACUCAUCAUUAUCUAUGAGUAUGGCAACAGCGGCUGAACUUUUCUUGAAGGCAUCCCCCAGAGUGCAACGACGGGGCUAGCUCUCUAACUACAGCUCAUUGCUUUUCAGGCCUCGGCAGAUGACCUCCAUAAUGGACAACGUAGCAAGACCACUGUGUAAUGUGUCAACAUGUUGAUUGAAUUGUUCAUAUUUUAGCAGCUACAAAUUGUUUGACAAAGACAAAAAAGGUUCAAUAGUGCAUAUAUACAUAUAUGUGUUCUUUAUGAUUUUUCUCCCAACUAUAGAAUAUCUUCACUUCUUCUGCUUCUGCUUCGUUUGUAAUGGAUUACAAAGAUAAGUUUGUUGUUCAAUCCCAAUUUUAUUGUAUACAAUACAGGUCCUGCAUAGCUACUGUUGAUAUCUUCCUGAUUUUCCUUGGUGCUAAAAAUCAAGCUGUCCCAACACAAAGAACACGUUGGCUUUAUUCUUAAUGUCUGGGUACCAUGGUAAUGAAACAUCGACACUCACAAUUAACCUGAGUGUGAUUUCAGACACGAAAGGUUACAAAAGGAAAAGGUUUACUGUAAUUUCUUCUGGAGUAGAUCAGUGUCUAUUAUACACAUCAGACUUAACCUAAAUAGGCCUUCAGCUUACAUACAAUAUAGCACAAUAUAACACGUUCAGGUAAAAACAAGAGACUCGACAGCUCUUUGAGUUAUGGUUAUGAUGAUGCUGAUCAGGUUCCAUUUAAGAGAAGGUGUAUGCCAACAGGGGUUUUAACUUUUCUAUAGAAACCCUGUUUUAACGUCUUAAGCAAUAGUUUCCAACAGUCUUAACAUGUACAAAAAUUAUUUUUACACUGUAGGUCACGUGAUAGUUUUCUCAGCUGUAUUUCACUUGCGUAGCUCACUCAUUUCUGUUGCAUAUAGUCUGUUUCUGUUCCCUGGAAAAGGGUACAUUAGUGUUUUGAAUGGGAAGCUCAGAUGUAACAGGGGCUAUAAGGUGUUGCAAACUGUUUUAGGAUGCGAACACAAAUGUAUUUAUUUAUUUUUGUCCUUUUUUUAAUGAAAUCGUAACAUUGUUGGAAAUUUCUUUGGAAUCAGUUACACUGAGCGAAAUAAGAUGAAGUGUGGUGUUUGGGUAUUUGUUUCACUGGCCAUCUGCAUAAAGGCUGUUGGCUAACUAACAAUUACAUAAUUAUAUUGGCAUGCUGGGCUUUGGUCUGUAGCUAUACCGCUACCGCUAGUGGAGGGAGCUCAUACUGUGCAAUUGACAUCUGGAAUUGUUGCACUUCUGUAGAAUGCAAACCACUUUUUAUUUAAUAUCUACCGACACUGUAUAAUUGGAUAUUUUCAAUCAGCAGGCUUACUGGGGGCACAGUGUAACUGGAUAAAGACGUGCCCUUGCACUCAUUGCUAAACAGGGCACAAAAAGCAGGAAAGUUCAGAAGGUAAGAAAUAGAUGCAUAUAUGGAGUACUUUACCAGGAGUAAACAGCCUGGAUUCCAGUUGCAGUUGACAAAGCUUUAAAGUGUUCAUGCUAAUGUGGACAUGCUGUGAAAUUGUCUCGCAUUCCAUUUCUCUAGGAAACUGCAAUCAGUCAAGUGUUAUAAUUCCACACAGUUACUAUGGUCCCGUUGUGAACUGGGUAUAAUUGUAAGGCAUUUAGAAUACAGGAUACCAGAUACUUGCAGUGCAUUUUGUUCAAAUAAGUAGCUAAGGACUAGGUAAGUAUGAUUUGGCAUGCAUAUUUAAAUGUUAAACAUCUGCUUGUGAGAAUAUAAAUAUUUUGUACGCACCGGGUAAACAAACUAAUUCAUAGUUGCUUGCAUGGGAUAAUUCGUACUUUAAAGACACAAAUAGGAUUAUUACAUUCAAUGUGAGCCCUUAGCUCAGCAUGUGCCUUAUAAUAUUACCACACUUGUGUAAUACUUCAGAUGUUUGCAAUCGAUUUGCAACCAAAUAGUACUUAAGAUGCUUUGGAAUCACUUUGCAACCAAACUACCAAAUGCAGUGGUUGAGUUGAGAUUCUAUGGAAAUUUCCACCUCGGCAGUUAUUUAUGAUGCAAAAGCUUGACCUGAGCAAGUAGAAUUAUAUUUAACUACAAAUCGUGGUUGUGUCAUCAUAACAUGUUGCCACUGUCACCCAUAACCGUGUACAAAUGUGACCAGUGGAAUCACCACCUGACUGAGAAUAUGGUCCUACGUUUUCCAUGUGCGGGAUAUUUGUAAAUAUGACUGUAAGUUUCUCAUUUUGUGAAGGAAAAAGAAAAUGUUGGCAGGUCCAACAUAGGUUUGUUUUAUGAACUGCAUGUUUUAUGAAUAUUGGGUUUUAAUUAUUUACAAUAUGUAUGUUGUGCAUGUCAAAAAUAAAUAUGUAAAAAAAACAAAAAAAAAAAAAAAAACAUG